GUGAAAGAUGGUCUCGGUAGAUCGUACGUGAAGCUGUAAACUUUCUGGGUUGUUUGGAAAAUAACAUCCCAUGUUAUCCUACCAGAUUGUUUAAAAUCUAAUGGCCGAACCAAAGCGGAUACAAUUAGAUGCACCUAAGACACUACAGCGCGAGAAAAAAGUGAAAACAUUGCCUCCAACUUUCAGAUUUGAUUUGAAGCUCACCGACACCAAGAAUAACACCGUCAAUGCUGAGUUUUCGUAUGCGGAGCUGGUGAAAGAAGCUCGGACUUCUGACAGUAAACUUAAGCAUCAUGGAAAUGAUGAUCCAUUUCUGGAUGAUGAGAGUCAUGAGAGAUUGCAGGAAAUGGCUCGAAAAUUGGAAGAAAAAUAUAAUCCAAAACCUGGGCGAAAAAGGAAAAAGAAAUUUGUUGAACAUGAAGAUUAUGUAGACAAAGGAAUCGGAUAUGAUGAAACAGAUCCAUUUAUUGAUAAUGAAGAAGCUUAUGAUGAACUUGUCCCAUCUACUUUAACUACUCAAUUUGGUGGAUUCUACAUUAACAAAGGAGACCUUGAAUUCCGAAAUUUAGAUGAAUCGACAAAUGAUGUGAAGACCAGGAAAAAGAGGAUGAAACAAGGCCCCGACAAAGAUCUUCGAAGGAAACGAAAAAUAGGAUUUGAGGAAAAUCAUAAACGUCGUGGAAGAAGACCAUUAAGUGAAUCCAUGAGUGCCUUACCAAAAACUAAAAAGAAAUCUCAGCCUACUGUUGCUGAUAUGCUUCAACAGCAUAAAGCCAAUUUGCAGCGCUUGCAACAAGAAGGAUUGCAACAACUUCAGUUAAACCCUAUUGCAGUAGAAAGAGAAAUUGAACAGGAAGAGGCUGAGGAAAAUUUAGAGCAGCAGCAGCCACAACAACAGCCGCAGCAGCAACAGCAGCAGAUUGUUCCAGGUCAAGCUUCUACGAUUUCAGAAGCAAUAGAAUCAGUUAUAAAAGCUGCUGCAGAAGAUGCUAGUAAUGGAUCAAUUGGGCCUAUUACUGGAAGCAGUGAUGGUGAAGAAGCCAAGCUUACAGUAGACAUGCAUGAAGCUCCUAAGUUACCUGAAAAUCUUCCUCCAGAUUUGGAUGAAGUAGUUGCUAAAUUAAAGGAGGCUGCUUAUAAGUCAGAAGAAGGAAAAUGUAAAUUUUUUAGCGAUGAAGUUAACAGAAUGUUAUUGAGUGUUGAAUUGAAAGCUCAGGCAUUGACAAGUGCCCAGAGGUCAACAAUAUAUUCUCACCUCGCAUCCCAUCUGCCUUGUACAAAAGAAACCUUGCAGAAGAGGGCCAAAAAGUUGAGGUUAGAUCAGGAAGAUGGAAAACUAAAAGAACCUAUGCAAAGACUGAAAGAUGGUAUUUCUGCUGUAAUGCCAGCAAUGUUAGAAAAAUAUUCAGCUGCACUAAAUGCUUGUGAUGCAAAGGAAGAGGAAAGAAAAGUUAACCCUUCUACAAAUGGUAGUGAUGCUGAAGAAAGCCAAGAUGGGAGUGAAAGAAAAGCUUCACGACUACCAAAAAAACAUUUUGAAUGGAAUGAGACAAUUAGGAAAUACUUAUGUGAUGUUGUUAGAAUCAAAUUAAAAUGCUAUGAAGUAUCAAAAACAAGGAUUCAGUCUGCUGAAGAAUAUUUAAAGCAUUUCUUAGAGGCUGAAGUAAAAAAUUUGUGGCCACCUGGCUGGAUGCAAUCAAGAAUAUUGUUUCGUGAAAGUAGAGCUGCUCAUUUCUAUAUUACGAACCGGCCUAAGAAGCAAAUACUUGUAACCAAGAAACUCACUACUCCAGCAGCACCUGUGAUGCUCACAAUGAAGCCUGCUGUAUCUCUGUUGAACAAUACUCUUCUAUCUCAGGACUCGGACUUUGAUCAAAUGUUUCAAGAGAAAUGUGUGCCUUUAAUACCUUCUGUGGAAAAUGCAAUGGAAAGGAGAGAGAAUGCAGAUGUUCUUCAUUCAAACAAUGUUGUUUCGGCUGAAGAAAGUGCUGCUGAAUUUGCUAAACUUUUUACCCUUCCAAUCAAAUCAAAUGUGCCAGAGGAUGCUUCUCCUACCAAAACUCAAGAAAGUGUUAACGUCCAUGCGACAAAAGUAAUUGUUGAUCAACCACCUCCUAAAACACCUUCUCCUCAUCUAAACCUGUCACAACAAAAAAGUGAGAAGCAUUCAAAGUCACAAAAUAAGCAGUCUUAUGCUUCUAAAAUAUCUGAUUUCAAUACGUAUACAGAAGGAUCUCUAGCAUCUGAUAUGCUUGCUCGCAUCAUCUGUGCUAGUUUAGCUGACUUUCCUUAUGCUGGUUCAAACAAUAUAGAAAAUUCUGCAGCUAAAACUACUAGUGUUAUUUCUGCUAAUCCUAGUAUUAUUAAAGAAUCACGAACUGUUAAUUCGAAGUUCCCAAAUGAUGUGCUAACUAGUCCAAAACUGCUCGACAGUGUUAAACCACUAAAUACAGAAGCACGAAAACCUAGUCAGGAAACUGGACUUCACAAAUUUUCCAGCAUUGGAAUUAACAUUGAAUCUUUAUUAAGUCCAAAGAGUCAGACCAUAGCACGGCAAAGUGAUGGAAAUAAUUUGAUUAAAAACAAAGGUCUUCCUGAAGCAACAAACAUUGUAAAUUUAAAAUUAAAAGAUUCAAUUGUUCCUCACUCUAAACAGUUUGCUGAAGCUUUUGAAAGGACUGCUGAUACACCUCCAGUAAGCAAAAAACAUUUGAAGAAUCUUAAUUACCAUUCACAGAGCUUGGCUCUUUCUGCUAGUGCUUCCUCUCGGUUGUAUAAUACAAAUGAGCAUGUUAAUGACUAUCCUUCAAGCACUUCCCCACGAUCAACAUUAGACAAUUCACAGAAGAUGGCUUUUGAUUUUGUAAAAUAUAACUCUUCUGUCACAUCUCAGGGUAAUGUUUCUGCACCAUACAAAAAACGUUCUAAAUAUGCCCAAAGUGUUAAAGUAACUGAACAGUGGAAUCAUUUAUAUGAUAGUGGUCUCUUAGAAGGAAUGAAAGGAUUUCCAUUUCCAGUUAAUUCACUGCCUACGCCACCGCCUGCACAUUCUUCAUCUCCACUUCGAACUGUUGCUCAUUCUCAACACAAUUCUUCAAGAACUAGUUCCCAUAUAUCUCCUGGUUUACGAAGUCUCCAUGAACCUAAAACUGAUUCAUCCAAUCAUAGUUCCCAGGCCAAUUCAAAUAUUUUAUCUAUUGCUGAUGUUCAAAGACGACAGUCGUUGAUACAAGGCCCUUGGAAAUCAAACUCUCAAUCUCCAGCUACCUCCCUCAGCCACUUCAUGGCUAGCACAUCUCCACCUGUUUCAAACCAGAGUAAAUCUACCUCACCAAACCAUCAUAGCUCAAAUUCUCAUGUAAAUUUAUCCCCUGUGCCAGCUCAUUCUAUGACUCAAAUUGAAAAAGUACCUUCUGCAUACAGUCGUAGUCACAGUCCAUUACCUCCACGUGCAAGUCCUUCACAUAUGUCAACUUUAGGUCAUGGUACAAAAACUUCACCCUCAAGUACAUAUUCACAUCUUGGGCAACCUUCAUAUACGACACACCAGUCCAGUCAUAAUGUGUCACCUGCCCUCCAUCAUCAAACUCAUAUACGCAGUAGUAAUGCUUAUGAUCCUCCAAGUGCAUCACCUACUACAUCAUCUGGCACCUAUACCCUUAGUCCAGUGCCAGAAUGCCCCACUAAAUCUCCAUUAAACUUGUUUGAAGAAAAGGUUGGCUUACCUUUCGUCUUCUUGGUUGGCAGCCAUGUAAUGGUUAUUUCUGAACGCAUGAAGAACUUGCAAAGAGUCAACAGCCAAGUAGACGACGAUCACGUAAAGCUCAGACUCGGGUAA